ACAACCUUCCCCAUUUUCCCCUCCAUCCCAUUUGGUUUAGUUACCCCUAGGCUGGAGGAGCAGGGAGGAAGAUGAUGGGGAAGAUAAUCAAGGGAAGAGAAUUGAAGGUGACAUGAGAUUGGAGGCAAGGGGAAUAAGAAGAAAAGUUCAUCUGUGGUUAUUGUUGGAGCUGGAACUGUCAAUGAGCCAGGAAAUUAAAAGGAAAGAGAAAUACCCUGAAGGGUCAGACAUGCAGUUGGGAGCCUUUCUUGGCAGUCUAAGAUCACACACUUUACCAAGAUGUUUUUUUUUUUUUGUUUGUUUUUUGUUUUUUUUUCCAGGAGUCCUCAUGAAUUCCUUUUCGGACCAUGUCCAUGAUCCUUUUUGCCUGUGUGGUACGGGUGAGAGAUGGGUUGCCCCUCUCUGCGUCCACAGAUUUUCACCAUAACCAAGACUUUUUGGAAUGCAGAAAGCGCCUAAAAAUGUUAUCUUUAAUUUUGACACAGUUUCCGGGUCGAGGGACUGCAGAAGGACAUGAGCUCUGUAUACAUUUUGAUUCUUCUGGAGCCAUAGCCUGCCUGGGAAUCUGCUCUCGAAGUUAUCCAGUGGCCAUGGCUUUCUGCUUUCUAGAGGCUCUGCGGUGGGAGUUCACAACUUCCUAUGACAACACCAGCAUAGGCUUGGCUUCCAGACCAUAUGCCUUUCUCAAAUUUGAUAGUGUCAUUCAGAACAUGAAAUGGCAUUUUAACUAUGCAAGCUCUUCUCAACUGAAGAACCGCUUGGAAAAGAUUCAGGAAGAGUUGGUGCUUCAGCCUCCACUAGUCCUGAGACUAGAGGAUACAGACGUGAUGAAUGGACUGAAAAAUAGUCACUCACCCAAGCUAGUUGAAUAUGCUCCAAAUUACCGGAUGAAACCAGUGACAGCCUUGGGGAUUCUGUCUCUUAUUCUAAACAUCCUGUGUGCUGCUUUGAAUCUUAUUCGAGGAAUUCAUCUAGCAGAGCACUCCUUUCAGGAUGAUCCAGAGGCAAUCGGAAGCAUAGUAGCAUUUCUUAUCCCUUUUGUAGCCUGCAUUUUUCAGUGUUAUCUGUACCUGUUCUACAGCUCCACCAGGCUUCUGAAGGUGGUCAUCAUCCUGGUCUUCAUUUGUCUGUGCAAUAUUUACCUGCAUGGACUAAGGAAUCUCUGGCAAAUACUCUUUCACAUAGGAGUGGCUUUUCUGUCAUCCUAUCAGAUACUGACAAGGCAACUUCGAGACAAAGUGUUUGAUGGUGGCGUUUGA